AUGGCUACAACCGGAGCGGAGGAGGUUUUACGGGAAUGGUCAUGUGAAAAGGCUAUUGAGCUGGUUAAGGACCUUGCUCGGUUGGGUUUCUUUGAAAAGAAGAAGUUCGGUGUUUACAGACAUGGUGGAACUGUGGGCUGGCUUACAGGACUUGUCGAGUAUCCUCAAGUGGCAAAAGUACUUACCAAGUUGGUGGUAGAAAUACAGCCAGAUGCUACCUUCACCUCAGUCAUGGUCUCCCACAAUGGCGUGAGGGGAAUGCACAAGGACUUCAACAAUGAUUACAAGACCCAGAACUAUGUCAUCCCAAUCAAUCGCCCUGAAGCAGGUGGUGAGCUAUGGGUUGAGCUGACGGCGGGGGAUAUCGUUAAGGGUGUGAUCGAACGGCGUGAGGUGAAUAGCACAUCCGUGUAUGGUCAGCUACUACCUCUACGACAGGAUCAGUGCAUAAUGUUUGGUCCCAAGAGACGACAUGAAGUCAAUGCGUGGGAGGGUGACAGAACAGUGCUUAUCGCCUAUACACCAAAUUGUUUGGGAAAGUUAUCACAAGACGAUCUUCACGCUCUUCAUGACUAUGGGUUUCCGGUUCCACUUUCUCAACUACCAGAGUUUUCGGGCAACUUGAGUAUUGAAGGCCCGGAGUUGGCCAUCAAGGAAAGGAAGCUGGAAUCACUGACUGAGGAGGAGGACGAUGUGGAAUGGUCAAUGUAUCUGGACUUAGAGCCGGGACUGGUGAAGAUAUUGGAUGCAGCAGCAAGUCAUGAAAGUUGCCCACGGAUGUUAAAGACGGAAGUGAGCUAUACAGCCAGGAUAGAAGAAGUGCUACGUGGACUAAAGGGACCCCUGGACGUUGUGCAUACAGUGAAUCCUGAAGAAGUGUACGCAAACCUACAAGCAUGGCGACCGGCAAUAGAGAAAGAAAUGGCUGGUGUGGAGUUAGCAAUUCAAAGGCUGCUACCAGGUACAGAGGAGAGGCGUACAUGGUUAAACAAGCCAAGGGUGCAAAGGCUACCAAUGAAGUUCGUGUUCACUGUGAAGCCCAACGAUCAGGCGGUUCUGAGCGAUCCAAGGUCGUGGUACAAACGCAAGGCCAGGCUCGUUAUAUGUGGAAACAUGGCGUCCAAUGAUGGAGGCCAAGUGUACACAGAAGCAGCGCCUGCAGAAGCAGUUCGUACAGGACUUACACUGGCGACAAAAAACAGCUGGAGCAUAGCAAUUCUGGAUGUAGUUGCAGCGUUCAUCAAGACACCAUUGGGAAGAUGCAGCUCAGAUCCAGUUGUGGUGGCACAACCGCCAAGGCUACUGGAAACGCUUGGAUUGACUGAGCGUAUGGAGCUGUGGGGACUCAUACGUGCACUAUAUGGACUACGAGAGGCCCCUAUGCUGUGGGGAAAUUUUCGUGAUGAUACGCUACGUGCACUUGGUCCUCCAAGGGGUUUGAAGUGGCAGCAAGGAAGAGCUAUCACCUCGUGGUGGACGUUGAAAAACGCAGAAGGGAAGGUCGAGUUCAUCAUGUUGGUUUAUGUUGAUGACUUUAUGCUGUUUGGUCCGAGGAGACUAGUCCAGGAGAUCGGGGCUCUUAUCAAGAAGGUGUGGGAGACGUCAGAGCUGAGCUUCCUGGGAGAGGGGGAUCCAAUCCGGAUGUUGGAGAUUGUGGUCCUGAGAUGGUGCGGCGUGCGCAGCAAAUUACAGGUGAAGUCUUAUGGGUGUCGCAGCGGACGAGGUCCUGGGGUAUUUGCAACGUACUUCAACCUAUGGGCUCACAGUGUCCUGGAGUGGAACAGGGCUUACUAUGUUCUGUGA